AUGUUCACCGCCCACCCAAGUCAGUUUAACCCCCGUCGACCAACAUUUCACGUUGUCAACUUCACAACUUUCAGCGUCAACAACAAAAUGGCGCCACCUGCACCUGCAUCAGCACUCCAUCGCCACCAGUCUUCCCUCGAAGGAAUCUUGGACUUUUCAUCGCAGCCUCCUCUGGAUCCAGCUCACCGCGCCUCUGCUAAGCGCCGGUUUGACCAAAUCAUCAACCACUUUGAAAGCGAAGGCAUUAGACCAGGUCGCGACAAGUACGACCGCGUCAAACUGGUCAGCCUAACAUAUGACCACUCGACAAGCGAGAAGUCUAAAGAUAGAUUACUGGCUGCUUUCUUUGCGUUUGCAGGACUGUCAAUAACCGCAGAUGAAGACAUCAGCUUUGAAGACCCCACCCCAUCAACCAAAAAAACACCCCAGCCUUCACCGGCAUCUCAUUCAGCCGUUACGAGUACGCAACGCCAAGGACAUAUCUUCGCAGGGACUCCAGAGCGAAUCGCCAAUCUAAGAGGAGCCUGUCUAAUACGAGAUCGCUAUCGGUGUGUUAUAUCACAUAAAUUUGACCAGGCGGAGGCCUUGAAACGAUUCGGUUUGCAAAGGCGUGGUCAAGGUGAGGCAUGCGACCAAGAUGGCCAGCCUCUAGCAGGGCAACAGUUUGAACCCCUCGAGGUGGCACACAUCUUGCCACACUCAUUAACGCAACUUGACUCUCGCGGAGAACUGAACGCCUCGAAAGAAGCAGCGCUGGCGAUACUUAAUAUGUUCGACGACGGAGCCGCUCAUCUGAUCGAGGGAAUUGAGAUUGAUCGUCCAGGAAACGCUUUGACGCUGACUCAGCCUCUGCACACAUACUUUGGUGAUUUCAAUAUCUUUUUCAAGCCUGAGGGUACAGUUCCACACAGGUACCAUAUUGAAACCUUUCUCCCCCAAGGGUUCACGUAUGAUGUUCCUGUUACUCGGACGCUUUUUCUCACUGAAGAGAGGAACAUCGAUCCUCCUUCGUCGCGACUGCUAGCAAUUCACUGUGCUAUCGCCCACAUCCUACACCUCUCUGCGGCGGGUGAUUAUAUUGAUGACAUUCUGAGGGAUGCUGACGAGUAUGGGAUUCGACAUGAUGGAAGUACUGAGUUACAUCGUCUAGUAGGACUUCAUCUAAACAACUGGGCUGGUAGUCAAGCCCAUGGUAAUGUAAUAAUCUAACUCUCUCGACUACUAUCUAGAUAUCAAAUAAUGUAAUGUCUAAGUAAAUGUGACUUCAAUGGAGCAAUAUUGAGAUACCA